UAACGCUCCAGACUCUUUCAAUUCAACAGAAUAGCUCUUUUCUUUCCACCUGAGUACUCCAUAAACGUGUUUUUCUCUGGGCAAACAGAAGAGCUGUGUGGCCACAGGAAUUCCAGGUCACAAGGAUUCCUCCGGCUGGGAUGACUUUACCUGUGAUAGUUUCAUUUCCUCUCCAGGAAUGAGAUCUGUGGCGUUGACUUUAAGAGAAACUUGAGUACAGUAAAUGGGACUUUUACCUUUUUAAGCUAUUGGGGGAGCAUUGAGUUUUUUUAAUGGAAAUAAUGGGGUUGUUGUCAGUUAGCCAGAAUGCCCUCCUGGUCAUUUUUUUUGGGAUGUACCACUUUUCUGAUGGGGGAUGCUCUGCUAAAUGCUGUCAAGGCAGUGAUUUGACCUGCUUUACUACAGACUGGAGGAUGGAUCAUGUUUAUGGGACAUGCUAUUGUGAUGAGAGGUGUUUAAAGACUAAAGAUUGUUGCUUUGAUUACCCAGCAGAGUGCCCAGCCCAGCCGUGUGUAGUGAGUGAGUGGAGUAACUGGAGUGGAUGCGCACAGCCUUGCCAGCCCUCAUUCAGAGUCCGGAGACGCAGCAUUGAGAGACUGCCCCAAAACAACGGACAGGCGUGUCCGAGUCUGGAAGAGCAGGCCGGAUGCAUGGAGUAUCAGAACCACCAGGGCCAGUUCUGCUCUCAGACACAAGGAGCAGCAUUUAUAACCACAAUGGAGUACAGCAAAGGCAGAGCACAUGAAUUGUAUGGGGCCCCUGUGGAUGCUGGUUUUUGUAUGGAGUUCAAGAUGGAGUCUUUGACUGCCCAGUGUAUGGUGGAGAACAGACCUUAUGCCCGCUGGAUGCAGUAUCUUAGGGAAGGAUACACUGUCUGUGUGGCCUGUCAACCUCCUGCCAACCACAGCUGGGGCUGCCAAGGAGACGGUAACCUGGCGGAGAGGAAUGAUCUUCUUCACUGGCAGGCAGUGGGAAACCCUCGCUGCAGAGGAACAUGGAAGAAAGUACAGAGACUACAGCACUGCACCUGUCCACAAGUGCACAGCUUCAUCUUCAUUUAAACACUUUUCCAGAGUCCUUGGUAAAACGCACAAAUCAACUAAAUGUACUAUUAGAUGCAAAUACUUUCAA